CCGGUGGCGGCGGGCGCAGCGCAUCGCGGUGUGGGGCCGCCAUGCCGCACUACCAGACGUGGGAGGAGUUCACGCGCGCCGCCGAGAAGCUCUACCUCGCCGACCCCAUGAAGGUGCGGGUUGUUCUCAAGUAUCGCCACUGUGAUGGGAACCUCUGUAUCAAAGUAACAGAUGAUGUAGCUUGUUUGCUGUAUAGAACAGACCAGGCUCAAGAUGUAAAGAAGAUAGAGAAAUUCCACAGUCAGCUAAUGCGACUCAUGGUGGCUAAGGAAUCCCGCAGUGCUGCCAUGGAAACAGACUGAAUUGCUGAAAAUAAAAUSAGUGCUCCGGUCAUAUUUCACUGGAAGAAAAUAUCACUUGGAUUUGAGCAAAUACUGGGACAAGGGAUGCUUUUACAUACCAAAGUGGACUGCUGAAAGCCUGAAGAUUUUUUCCCCCAGACUCCACUUUGGAAAACUAGGAAAAUAAAUGCUUUCAAUUGAAAGCUUAUAUUUAUUUUUGGAAAUUGAACAAGAAACUAUUCUUACACRUUAAAUAUGCUAAGAAGACAUGUAAAUCUUUCUUAAUCUACAGCGCUUUAUUCUUUAUUUGGUAGGCAGCAAGCAUAUUUCUGAAAGUUAUGAUACGGUUUCAUAUAGAUUACAUUGUGUUCAURUCUUAUGCUGGUGUAUUCUCACAGUGAGAGGUCUGUUAACCUGACUAAUACUGUAGCAUGACAACUGGAUCUGUUAAAUGAUAUACAGAAAUGAUACAAGGUUUUAGAAGAGCAGAUGUUUUCCGAACUGAAAUGUUAAGRUUGCCAAUAUAUAUUAGCACUGUCACUAGUGAGAUUUUAGCUUUUAGUAUUGAUCUUGAUCAUAAGCUGUGCAACAUGAUCUGUGAUGCAGUCUGUAGAACUGUUACAUUGGCUAAAUAAUUAAAGUUCUGUACCUGAAACAGUAAGUAAAGCCUUGCUUGAGUAGAGUUAGAUAUCAUAUGGGAAGCUGCGAGUUUCUUUUCUGCUUAAUGAAGUAUUGAUUUUUUUAUAUAUAAAAGUGGCUUUUUUUCUAGUAGUGAACUACUUUAUAUGAGCAGUAGGGACUGCUUCCACCCUCGCCUCAGGCAGAGCUGAAGUAUAUCAGCAAGGCAGAAUCUAGAAGCUGUCGCCCAUUAUGUUAAUGAAAAAAGACAAGCAAACACUAUCCAGACUCUCUCUGUCAGGAGCUUGCUAACUGCGCGUUUUCAGAUAUUGUGUGGCAGCUGGAUGACAGCCAACUAAAGAAAUGAAUGAAAACCUGCUUAAUAAAUACUUAAAUACCACUGUCAAAAAUAGGUUUAUGCUCAUGUGGCUUAGUUUUUGUUUCUCGUUGUUACCUGUGGUAGGGUGAUGGUAACUUUAAUUGUCUUCUGCAAAAGCUUUUUGCUUGAAAAGCCAGUGCUGAAAUUGAUACUUGCUCUGCCUAGAUCUUCCAUACCUAAAAGACAGAUGGGCUUUAUGUGCAAAUAUGCUGUUUGUAUAAGCAAUCUUUUACUGGAAUAGUAUCUUGACUUAAACCACGCCAUGAAAAUGGAGAGCCAUAUGAAGACUUGUCUGUACUGGCAUUUAAACAUAACAAAACAAUUACUUAAAUAGCCACCUGCUCUCAUGCAAAAAUAAUUGGAAGCAGUGGAAUUCCCAUAUUUGCCAAGGACUCGAAACAAAAUCCAGACUUGAAUAUUGCAUUAAGUUACACUUUCAGUUGAACRUAUAAUUAUUGCUUAUUGCUUGGAAAAUACCCCAGUGCUAGGUUAUCACUGGUGACUUGGUUUGUAGUCCACAGGAAUGACUGAUAGAUGCCUCCUUC